GUAUCCCUGUUCCAGCCCAUUUCCUGGAUUCCUGUUUCCCCCUAUGAGUACCAGCAGCGGAGGAGUCGACAGACAGCAGCUCAACCGAGUGGACACGAACAGCCGGCUGUCUUUCUUUCGUAUAUUCCAUUUAGACAACACGGACUUCAUCAUCACACAUUAGCGCAUCAAUGCUGCUGAUUCUCGUGUUGCUCCUGUCAGUGUCGCAGACGGGCACAGAGAGUGCAGUGUGCAGGCCGGGUUUUACAGAGGACAUUUACACCACAGUGAUGCCUGAACAUGUGCUGCCGGGACAGCCUGUGUUCAUUGUGAAGUAUAUGGACUGUGGCCGAGGUGUUCGUGUACGGUUUGAAUGCAGUCAGCCCGACGACUUCAGGAUAUCACUUGAUGGAGUUGUUUACGCACUUCGACCGCUGCACCCGUCUCGCUCCUGGACCUCACCUCUGCUCAUUAAAGCCCAGGAUGAAGGGACACAACAGCAGUGGCACACACAAGUCACACUACUGCCCUCUGGAGCCCAAACAUCACAGGAGCAACACAUGCCCAAGAGAGAUUUACCAGAGAUAACAUUUCCCUCCCAUCACAUAGACAUGUCACUCAAACGCAUGAAGAGAGAUUGGGUCAUUCCUCCCAUUAAUGUGGCAGAAAACUCUAGAGGGCCUUUCCCAAUGAACCUGGUCAGGAUUCGCUCAGAUAAUGAUGAGAAGGUGAGUUUACGCUACAGCGUGACGGGACCUGGCGCUGACCAGCCGCCCACUGGUGUGUUCUCCAUUGACCCCAUCUCUGGACAACUGUCUGUCCUGAAGCCACUCGACCGCGAGCACUUACCCAACUUCAAUUUAAGAGCACAUGCUGUGGACCUGAAUGGUAAUCAGGUUGAAAACCCCAUUGACAUCAUGAUUAACGUGAUUGACAUGAAUGACAACCGACCAGAGUUCAUCCAUCAGAUAUGGAACGGAAGCAUUCCUGAAGGCUCCAAACCAGGCACGUCAGUUAUGACAGUAACAGCAGUGGACAAUGACGAUCCCAAAACUCUUAACGGUCAGCUGCGCUACAAGAUCGUGUCCCAGAAUCCUGACAUCCCAAGCGCAAACAUGUUCACUAUUAACAACAUGACAGGAAGCAUCAUCACUGUGGCUGCUGGGCUGGACAGAGAGAAAGUACCACAGUACACGCUGAUUAUUCAAGCCACUGACAUGGAAGGAAACCCCUCAUAUGGUCUCUCUAACACGGGUACUGCUGUUAUUACACUCACAGACGUCAAUGACAAUCCUCCAGAGUUUACUGCUGACACCUUCUAUGGCACGGUUCCAGAGAACCAGGUGAACGUUAUUGUGGCCAACUUGACAGUGACGGACAAAGAUCAGCCAAACACAGCAGCGUGGAAGACCGUGUUCAAGAUAACGGGCGGCAACCCAGCGGCUCAUUUCUCUGUGCCCACUGAUCCAGUUUCUAAUAAAGGCCUGGUGACUGUUGUCAAGCCCAUUGACUACGAGGUGAGCCAAGCAUUUGUGCUGACAGUGGUGGCACUGAACGAGCUUCCUCUGGACAGAGGCAUUCAUCUGCCCCGUCAGUCCACCGCCACCGUCUCCAUCCGUGUCAUUGAUGUCAAUGAGAGCCCUUAUUUUGAGCCCAACCCGAAACUGCUGAAGCUGCAGGAGGGCAUGAAGAGUGAGUCUGUCGUCAGCACCUUCACAGCUCAAGAUCCAGACCGCUUAAUGCAGCAGAACCUCAGAUACAGCAAACUCUCUGAUCCUGCAAACUGGCUCAGAAUUGAUCCCAUAAAUGGACAAAUCACAACCAUCGCUGUUUUAGACAGAGAGUCUCCAUAUGUUCAAAAUAACAUCUACACAGCCACAUUCCUCGCCACCGACAAUGGGAUUCCACCAGCCAGUGGCACUGGUACUCUUCAGAUUGACCUCUUGGAUGUGAAUGAUAAUGCUCCUCAAGUGUUUCCAGCAGUGGUUGAGGUGUGUGAGAAACCAGAGAACAACGGCAUCAACAUCACAGCUCUGGAUGCAGACAUCCACCCGAACACUGGACCUUUCACCUUUGAACUGCCCUCACAACCUGCUGAUGUGAGGAAGAACUGGACCAUCAGACAGCUCAGUGGUGAUUAUGCACAGCUUGCUCUCAGAAUUGAGUUCUUAGAGAGUGGACUGUACGAGAUCCCGAUAACAAUCACAGACUCCGGAGAUAUGCCAUUGAGGAACACUUCAUACCUGCGAGUGAAGGUGUGCGUGUGUGAUGAUAACGGCGACUGCACGGAUCACGAGCGCAUCAUGGCCGCUGGACUCGGCACGGGAGUAAUAGUUACACUCCUGCUCUGUGUCAUCACCCUCCUCAUCCUGGUGUUGUUGUUUGUGGUGUGGAUGAAGAGGAGAGAAAAGGAGCGAUUGGUAAAGCAGCUGCUGAUUGACCCAGAAGAAGAUGUGAGAGACAAUAUACUGAAAUAUGAUGAAGAGGGCGGAGGAGAGGAAGACCAGGAUUAUGACCUGAGUCAGCUACAGCAGCCAGACAUCGAGACCGACGGCAUGAAGCCCAUCGGUGUGCGCAGGUUAGAUGAGAGACCGCUGCAUCCUGAGCACCAGUACCCCGACAGAUCCACCGCACCACAUCCGGGAGAUAUCGGAGACUUCAUCAGUGAGGGUUUGAGGGCAGCUGAUAAUGAUCCUACCGCUCCACCGUAUGACUCACUGUUGGUAUUUGACUAUGAGGGCAACGGAUCGACUGCAGGAUCGCUCAGCUCCAUCAACUCCUCCAGCAGCGAUGGUGACCAGGAUUAUGAUUACCUCAACGACUGGGGUCCACGCUUCAGGAAACUCGCUGACAUGUAUGGUGGCACGGAUGAGUGAAAAACGAGCAAAGACAGCAACAACAUGUAGCUUUUUCCUCUAUUCGACAGAUGAAGACUGUGUCAGAUAUGGGUUUGUCAGAAUCAGUAAAAGCAAACACAAGAACCCGAGGUUUAAUGUUCAUGUUUAACUCGAGGCUUAAAGUAAUCGUUAAUGCACACGCUUGAGGAACGCUCUGAGAGAAAGCAUCAGUGAACAUCAAAGCUCAGGCCUGUUUCACACAAACUGCAUCUGUGGGAUGUGAACAGCACUUGUUCAUUUCGCCACCCAUAUUAACAGAUUACAGCAUUCACACUGGGCGCGUGAAUCACGUGCUGCUGUGUCCCAGAACAGGGGCGUAUCUCGGGUUGAAGCACAAUGGGGGCUUAGGCCAGAGUCACAUUUCUUUAAAUGUGAGAAUAUACCAAUAUCUUAAUAAGCCACAAUUUACACCAUAAGAGUUUAAUUUAAAGUACACAGUAGGAAAAAUUAAAUACAGUGUUAUAAUCAGCGUUCAUUUUCACAGUUUUUUAUUUUAGUAAUCAUUUUUGUCUUUUAAAAAGAUGUUCUUUAAAUGCAAUCAGUAUUUCAUCAUGUCAUAUUUAUUCAUUUUAGCCAAUUUUACUUGGACUAAAAUGGCAUAUAAUUUUAGUCGACAAAAAUAAUAUAUUUUAGUUAUACAGACCAAACUUUGACCAAAUAUUCAAAUAUUUUGAAGAAUUUAUAAACUAAUUACAAACAUGUAUGAAAAAUACUAAAGAUGAAUAUGUUUAAUAUGUGAGAUUAAACAACAUGAGAAAACUGUCCUGAAAACAUGAGCCCCUGAAAUAAACACAUUUAAUGAAUUUAGUGAAGUAUGAGCUACUUUUAGAAGUGACUCUGUUUAGGAUCUUGCGUUACGUGUAUCGUGUUAAAGGAAACGACGUAUUCGCAACACAAGUUACACAUUCUGACUAGCGUGUCACUCAGUUCAAGUUCUCCUGUUCAUGGUGUUCAUUGUGUUGUAAUAUUAAUUAAAUAUAUCCACAACAUAAACCUCAUGUCACAUAUAAGAUGUGUUUGAGUGAGUUCAUUGUACAGGUGUUCAGCAGGGAAAUACACAACAUACUAUUUCAAUUAAAAGAAAUAUAUAAAAGCAGUGUUAGUACAUUGUUAAUAUCUUUAAAUGUUAUUUUCUUAUCGUAUUUUCGUCACAAGUAUGUUUGAAUUAAAACUGUUUGAUUAUCAUCAUGAUGCUUUUUUUGUUUCGUCUUUAUCGCUGACAAAAAAAUAAAUCUUUUUCAACAAACAUUGACAAGAUUAACACUGUGUAUAUAAUUCUAAUUAAACAAUUUUAUAAAAUUAGGAAUAAUUAAAAUACAGGGAAGAAAUGAUUUGUUAAUGUUUUAACGGGCUCGUUUAGUUUCACUUCACUUUCAUUUAAUAAAAUGCCUUUUUCUCUGAAUGCGUCAUGGUGUCUGCAACUACGCUGCAUGCAUACAAGACAUGCACACACUAAAUAAGCUGCCAGAAAGCUUGAAAAGGUGUUUACAUGCAGAACAAAACUGGGGUAAUUGGGGCAAAUAUCUACACAUGCCAGUCGGUUUUGCUUAAACAGUUUAUGAACUUGCCCCGAUAAAAGAACACGUUUUAAGGCGUUUACAUGACCUUAAACAUUGUCUGGUUCUUAAGCAUAAUUAGUGUAAGCUUGUGCAUGUAAACACAUUGUGUGUCAUGGUAAUACAGAACACGCUUGAUUUUCUUAUAGAGCUGCAGCUCUGUCAGUAUGAAAGCUCAACGCGAGCCGCAGCAGCGUCGCUCAUGUCCCGCAGACACAGUAGGUGUGAAACAGGCCGUUCAUACAUGCUCCCUACACUUCGACAGCACUGGGAUUUAAUGUGCCUUUUUGUACAUUUUUGAAAUCUGAACGUUUGAUGUUCAAGGCUUUAAUUAUACUGACUUAUUGAGUGAAUUUAAGAAAUAAGGAUGUGUUAAUCAAUAAUAUGCAUCAUUGUGCUUUCCUCUUUUGGUUACAAACUGCUGUUUUUUGAAAGGAUUAUUUAAUUCAUUUAAUUUCACUUUAUUCACUGGUAAGACACUGUACAGUUCACACUCAAUUCUUAGCCUGUUUUGUUUGACAACAAUUUAACAUGCAAUUGUUUAAAAAAAAUAAAAGUGUUUUAACACAGUUACUUUCUUA